UUUUGUUUGGCUUUUGGAAAUUGCAUUGACCUAGAAGAUAUGUCGGAUAUUCGGAUAUUGUUGUUUUUACGGUCUAUUGGGGGGAUCUUGAUAUCUUUGGAAUACCCUGCUUUCGAAUAUGGUUUUGCACUUUUGCUCCCCGACACUCCCACUCACUAUUCUCUCUGUCUCUCUUUGGAUCUCUCUGUAGACUCUCUAAUUAUAUAUUCCCCCGAUCUUAAGACUGUAUUUUAAAAAAUCAGAGCGAGAAUGAGAGAAAUGCGGCUGGCUGGCAGGCUGGCAGCAUCAUUAUGAAUUCCCGAUUUGUUUUUUGUUGCUGGUCGGUGUGUAUAUUUUCAAAUACGUGCAUUUGGGUGCCCCAACCUUAUGCGAGAGUAUCUGUGUGAGUGGGUGAUGGGUGUAUGGGUGUGUAAGUGUUUCUAUGUGUGUGUGUUUGAGGGGAACUGGCUCCCGGUUGAGAUCGUGGAAAGCCCAUGGGCCAUUCCUUGUCCGUCGGUCGCCAGCGCAGCCGCGAGGAGCGGGAAUCGUAGUCCCCCGCCAGAACCAAAAAAAAAAAUCGGAAUUAAGUUUAUAGCCAGAAGAGAAGGAAGAACUUUAAUCGAAACGGGAACAAAAGUUCAUUGAAAACGCAAUUUAAUUUGGCCAAAAACUAAAAUCUCGAUACAAAGACCGCGAUCUCGCCGAUCUCGGGGAUAUAGAUACAUAUAUCCGAGCGACAAUUUAACGAUUUUCGGACGCGUGCCCGGCGACGUCCGCCAUUCCCCAGCCGAGGGGUUCGAUGGGCGGUGGGCGGUGAACGGUGGCAGAGCGGCAGAGAUGCCAGCGCCGGCGCUGACGUUGGCAGAGCUGACUUUUUAUAUUAUUUUCCGCUCGUAGUGCUCUUUUUUUUUAUUUCUGCUGCGGUUCUUUUCAGUAGUUUAUUUUUUGUCCGAUUUUUUUGUAUUUUUGUUGUCUACUGUCUACUGUUUGCCGGCUGUCGUCGUGAGCUGUGAGCUGCCUUCGAAUGCCGGGCCGAUCUCCUCGCGGUUCUCAGUUCAGUUCUGGUUGAGUUUCUGGCGACGAGUGACACACACAGUGGGCUUUAAGAAACAAGAAAAUUAAACGACACUCACAAACGAAAACGAAAUCAAUUUUAGUUGUAGAUACUUGCUGAUUGGGAAAGAGCAACAUCUGACCAAAAACACACACACCACGAAGCGCACACACAACACCACGCACACACCAAUCACACAAAUCUGCAUUAGUCAGAGGGACAGUGACGUAGACGAUGCCCAAUAACCGGAAUCGUAACCGCAAUCGAAAUCGCAACAAACGCAAUCGAAAUCAAAAUCCAAAUCCAAAUCCGAAUCAAAAUCUGAACAAAAGUCAGGCAGAAGAGGUUGAGAAGGAGGAGCAGUUAGAGGAGCAGGCCCAGCCAGGGAUUGCAGUAGCAUCAUCCUCAUCUUCCUCCAUAGAUGAUAAUGGAAAUUCUGGCACCGGUUCAAAUGGGCCAACUCACAGCGACAACAACGAUGCCGAAAAUUCUAUUAUAUCCGACCCAAAAGUGACGAAUACCCCCCAACAACAAGAAGAAGAGCAAAAAGAUAUAGAAGAUACAUCAGAAAUGGGUGCCAAAAACUCGAAACAUCAGAAAGACAAGUCCGGGAAGCAGGGCAAGCAGGUGGAGGAGCAGGUGCGACCUGGACCCACAAUUAUACGGAGGCCCCCGGGUAGUCCUCGGCAGGCCAAGGUCAUAGUGCACCGGAUUGUCAAAGCGGAGGAUCAGGUGGACAAGGCUGAGGUUCCCCAGCCAGAACCAAAAGUAUUGGAAGUAAAAGUGGAACUAGGAAAGGAUCAGGUGGACAAAGCUGAGGUGCCACAAGAUCAACCCAAAGUUGUGGAAAUAAAAGUGGAACAAGAGGUUUUGAAAGAGGAUGCAAAGUCGGUAGAUGCCACUAUCCAAGAAGUAAUUGAGUCUGAGAAGUCAGAGAAGCUCAAUGAGGAGUUAAAGGAGCUGGUGGAGAAGGCACAAGAGCUACAGCAAAUCGCACAACCUGAGGAGUCAAAACCUAUCCAAGAAAUAACCAAAGCACCAGAAGAACCAGAGAAGCUACCGGUAUGCAGUAUCCCCCAGGAGCAGAAACAUCCACCGCAGCUACCAGAGCAGUCUCCAACCAGUAUCCCAGAGGUGCAGGCUCAUCCAAUCCAACCAUCACCUCCCCAGCAACGCACCUCCAAGGUGAUUAUUCACAAAAUCCGCCUAGAAACCGACGAAGAAGAGCGGGAGCGGAAGGGGAAACCCACAAUUGAGGAAAUCAGCAGCACUUCCGGGUCUUCGUUGGCCGGCACCCUCUCCCCGCCGCCACGCUACCUGGUGGAGUCGCCCAAGAACGUGACCAGCGCAAGUGGAGGACAGUUCGCGCGCUUCUCUCGAGAUGUCCAGAUUCAGGAACUGGAACUCGCAAGCGAUUGCAGUUCGGGAGAGUUCAAUGUGACGCUAUCGCCUCUGGUCUGCGAAGCUGACUCGGAAACCGAGGGUUCGGGGUCGGCAGGAGGAGGUGGUCAGCAGGAGCGAUCUCCGCCAGAACAGCCGUCCAGCAGGAGCCGAGUGGAACAGCAGGAGCAGCUGCGUCAGAAGCGCGCCCAGAAGCGUAACGCCCUGGAAUCGCACUUCUUGCCGCAGCUGAUGAAUCCGCGCUACCUGGACAGCAUCCUGGAGGAGAACGGUGAGCAGCCCAGCUACAAGAGCUCCUCCUCCAACUCCUCCUCCGCCGCCAAUAGUCGAACCCCCAAGCUGAACGAGAGUUUCCCGAAGAGUCAGCUGGACUUCAGCCGGCGGCACAAGCGACGGGAAGAGGCGCCAGCUCCUCUGAAGCUGGAGACCAAGUUUCUGGAGCAGCCCUCGGAUCUGGAGAGCUGCUCCCGCCUGCAGAGCACCCUGUCGCCCCAGUCGGAGGACGCAGAGCUGGUGUACCUCAGCUCGUCGGCCUCCAGCAGUGUCUCCGAUCUCAUGGAGCUUGAACUGGAGCAGGCGGCCGCGCUGGCGGAGAGGGCUCUGGUGGAUUUGGAUACGGAUGCCAGUCGAUUGAUUAAUCCGCCGGAUGACGAGAUGAGCAGCACCAGCACCACCACGGCGGAGAGAAGCGAAACGGAGGCGGAAACGGAAACGGAGACGGAAAGAGAGCUGCCGGAGAGCCGCGAGAGCACACCUGUUAAUGGCAGCUCUCAGUUAACGUUAGCGCCAACGCCACCGCCACCGUCGCAGUCGACGUCAGCGUCAACGCCUUCGGCAAGAGAAGAAUCGACAAAAGAUACAAAUGUUUCUAACGGAUCGUUGUCGGCCAGUUUCGGGGCAGCGUCUCCCCUGGCGGCCACGCGCGAGGAGUUCGUUCGCAAUAUGGACAAAGUGCGCGAGUUGAUCGAGAUGACGCGACGCGAACAAGAAGAGGAUGUGACCGUUCCCGUUCCAGUUGCCGCUACCGGUACGCCGCGAUCGCCGUCACCACCGCCUGUACCCCCGCCCCCCGUGGGCCAUCAGCUUUAUAGCAACACCCACAUAGUACCCCUAAGCCUAGAUACCACCAGCUUCGCCAAUCUGAAACGGCAGGAGUCGAACGACUCGCACUGCUCGGACAGUACCACCCACAGCCAGUGCACGGCCAUCAACCUGGCCAGUCCCCCGCUUCCGACCCCGCAGCCACCCACACCGCCCCUCCGGCAAAAGCCGGCCCCACCAAUAGCACCUCUAGCACCAGUAGCACCUCCAGUUCCUGUUUCCGUGCCCGAACCCACACCCACACCUCCACCCACCCCAGAAUCCACGAUCGCUGCACCCAAUUCAGAGCCCGCGAUUUCAGUUGCAGAUUCGGACUCGGAUGCCAUCAAGAAGCUGCGUCUGCUGUGCACCGAGACCCUGGCCUCCAUGCCCUAUGGCGAGCAGGUGCUAGAGGAGUUGGCCAGCGUGGCCCAGAACAUAGCUAGCAAGUCGCAGCCAAAUAUGCCGUACCCCAUGCCCCAGCUGCCGCACAUCAAGGAGCUGGAACUGAACGCCGGCGAAGGAAAGUCCUCGUCCGCUUGGUUGGGACUGCCCACUCAGUCGGAUCCCCAGCUACUAGUGUGCCUGUCGCCGGGACAGAGGCAACUAGUCGACGGAGAGACCCAGCCGGAUCAGCUGUUGGACGCCCACCAGAAGUUCGUGGAGCGUCGGGGCUACCAUGAGCUGAGCAAGGCGCAAGUGCUGGAGCAGGAGGAGAAGCAGUUGCAGGAGAAGCACCAGCAGCAGCAGCAGAGCGAGAUGCUCAAGACCGCGGCCAUGAUGCGGGAAUUGCGCAAGAGCCUGUCGCCCAGCAAGUCCCCGCCCCCGGUGCCACCGCCGCCGGUGCCCGUGAAGAGCGCCGAAACGGCGGCCAAGGCGAAUGCUAAUACUCAUCCAAACGCGAAAAGAGAUGACGCAAGCGGGCAAAAGCAGAAGAUCGAUCCGAGUGAAUCGUCAUCGCUUGAAAAUAAACCAAGGCGAGCAGCUGAUCUUUACGAGCAGCAGCAGUCGGCAGAGCACCGCCAGAGCAGCAGCACCACCAUGACCAGCAGCAGCACCACCUCUACCGGCACCGGUAAAUUUCCCACGCUGGAAAGCAUGGAAAGUGAACUGGCCAGGAUGUUCCCUCAUCGGCCCAAAAGCGGUGACAUUUUCGAGGAGCAGCGGAAGAGGUUCUCCAACAUUGAGUUUCCCAGCCAUGUGCCGCUGGCGACUCAGUCCCAGAAACGCUACUCCAAUAUAGAGACCAGCAGCUACGAGUCCAAGAAGCGCACCGAGAACGGUCAGGUGGUGUACGAUGUGAGUACUUCCAGUCACGAGAAGAAGGAGCAGGGGGAUCCACCCAAAGAUGAACAACAACAGUCGCAGGCCCCGGCACCGCCUGUUCCCCCGCCGCCAAUUAUGUCAGCAACGAAAUUAAACGGUGGCACUUUCAUUGAUGGAGACAACAAGCCCAAAAAUAGCCACCCAGAGAAAGAGAACAGCGCCAGCAACGGUACGUAUGAGGAAUUUCGGCAGCGUGCCAAGGCCGCCGUGGAUGCUAUUGGAGGAGAUCAUCAUCAGCAGCAGCAGCAGCAACAGAAUGGCUUGGAUCACGACCGCGUGUUCAAGGACUUUGACAGACUUUCGCAGCAGAUGCACGCCGAGCUGCAGUCCACGCGGGAGAGGCGGGAGAAGUCCGCCUCCCUCUACGAUCUCAGUGGGCUAACCCGACCCGUGAGCACUGGCCACCAAAAGGUGGAGGAGCUGCAGCAGCGGCGCCAUGCCCACAUGCAGGAGCUGGAGCGGGAGAUCGAACGCUCGGCUAGAUCUCGGCAAGAGCGGAUGUCUUCGGUGCCCCGGCAAUUGGAGGCCACGCCACCCCAUGUCCAUGAAAUACCCAUUGAACUGGAGUCGCGAUCCCGGCGAGCCGAGUCCCUGUGCAAUUUGAACGAACCACCGCCCAGGCCACACACCACAGUGGGUCACUAUGGAAAUAGUCAGACGGAUGACUGGGCCAGGUAUGCCAGUGACUUGGGCUACUCGGAGAACAUAGCUCGGCCAUUCGCCCGGGAGGUCGAGAUCUGUUAUCAGCGACAGAACCCGAGGGCAGCGCACGGUAUCCGGGCUCCCCGCCUGUCGGCAAGCACCAAUGACCUGAGCAGCUCCAGCCAGUACAGCUUCGAUAGCUUCAAUGCCUACGGGGGUCGCAGGACCCAUGCCCCCAUGCUGAACCAGGUGCAGCAACAGCCGCGUCCGCACUACGGCAGCUGCUACUCGAUGAUCGAAAGGGAUCCCAAUCCGAGGUAUAUAAGCACUACCUCCCGGAGAGGCGUGAGUCCUGCCCCGGGGGCAGUGGCCACACCACCACCGCCACUGCAACCACCACCAGCCUACGAUCGCCAGCAGAGAAGAGCCUCGCUUCCGAGGGAGCUCCACGAACAGCAGCUGAAGUACAUACUCUCCAAGGAGGAGGAACUGAAGCUGGAGGUGGAGCGACUGCAGCACGAGCGGCGACGCCUGAUGGAGGAGAUGCAGAGGGCCCCCGUGUUGCCAGCUCCCCAGCGCAGGGAAAGCUAUCGGCCGGCCGCCAAGCUGCCCACCCUCAGCGAGGACGAGGUCUUCCGCCAGCAGAUGGCCGAGGAGUGGAUGAACAAGGUGGCCGAGCGGGAGGAGCGACGCCACAACAAGAUCAUUCGCAUCUCCAAGAUCGAGGACGAGCCGGACCACGCCGCUGUCGAGAGGGGAACCAUCAGCGAUGAGUUCCUGGACCGGGUCAAGGAGCGGCGGCACAAGCUGGCCAUGCCGGCGGACAGUGACUGGGAGAGUGGAGCCGAGUCGCAGCCCCAGCCGAAUGCCAAUCAGUCGCAGGGCGAGUCGGAUGUGGAGGCGCCACCAGUACGCAUCCUGGAGGGCCAGGCCGAGGCCAAUCUCCGCCAACUUCCACGGCACCUGCGGGAGUUCGCCAAGUUCUCCACCAGCGAGCAACUGCCCGAUGGCGGACAAAUGGAGCGACACGAGCAGCAGGAGCGGCACGAGGAGGCCACGGACAACUCGCACAGCAGUGCCAGCAAGAAGACCAGCAUCGUGAAGACCUACAAGGUGUCCCGGCUACCGCCGUCCGUGCAGGACAGAGCAACUUCAUCCGAGGCAGCAACGCACCAGUCGGGGGCCAUGGGUGUCCGGCUGCGACCACGCCCACCCAAGCAGACGCGCUUCCUGCUCAACGCCCAACAGCUGCAGCAGCAGCGCCAGCGACGCAGCUGGUCCGAGAGCGAUCUGCUCAAGGAGAUCGACAGCGAACUGCAGCUGGCCAAGGGCUUCCUCUACGCCAAUGUCUACAAGGUGAAGAGCGAGUAUCUGAGCGAACCGGAGACGGGCAACGAUCGUCCCCGGAAAAUGGCACAGUUAGGGCGAAGGCAGUACGAUGGCAUCGGUCCGGUGACCAACGAUGGAAUGCCCAUCAUUCUCAGAUCGGAAGUCCAGGAGCCUCAUCAACAUGAAUGGUACAAGCGUCUGUACCAGACCAUCCACAAGCAGAAGAACGGCGAUGAUUUCGUGAUUCGCUACAAGUGUCCCAGAGCCCGUCCGUCGUACAAGAGCAACGGCUACGUCUCAGAGCCCGAACCCAACUACGACUCCGACUACUCCACUACGGUGAGGUACCGCACCCAGAAUCCGCACCGCGUUCAGUCCGUCUCCUCGGCUGUCAAUGUGCGCAACCUCAACCAGGACGAGAAGUUGUAUGGUACUAUGCCAAAUCCUAUAAAAUCAGCACAGAACUCGUAUAAAAAUCAGCCAGGACGCAUUGAAGACUAUACCACUGGUCAUUCGUCGGUUUCCGAAAAGGAAAAGAAGGAGUGGUGGGACGAAGUGAUGGACAUCUUUAACGGGAAUCUUGAACAAUCGAAACUCUCACCAUUGUACACUGAAGGUAACUUGUCCAGAGCUCUGGCCAAGGAAUCUGGCUAUACCAGUGACUCCAACCUAGUCUUCCGCAAGAAGGAGCUUCCAGUGAGCAGUCCUUUGAGUCCCGUGGAACAAAGGCAGGCCUACAAGAGUCUCCAGGCAGGCGGAGAACCUCCACUGCUCGGCUUCCGUAAGCCCGCGCCCGAGAAGCCCCGUGAAAUCGUGGAGGAGUUCGAAUUCAUACAGAUCACUCCCACGCUCACAAAGAUUCGAGUGAGCACCAAGGAGCUGGAAGAGGAAGAACCAGUAAAGCCAUCAGCACCACCCCCACCACCGCCUCCACCGCCGCCGCCACCACCACCUACCCACAUCCAAAGCUUGCAAGAAAGGAGGAGCCAGAAGCCGACGAAGAUGUUCUCGCAGAUUUCGAAGAAUCUGCCCUCGUUCAUACCGCUGAGCAAGAAGCAGCAGGCGCCGCAGGAUGAGCCUCCACCAAGGCCGCCCCACCGGAAGUCCAGUUGCACCAAGAGCACGGUCCGGGUGCUCAGCUCCGCUUCCAAGUCCAGGCACGAGCAGUGCUUCCAGCCGCCGAAUGGGCCGGCCACUGGAGUGUCCACCAUCACUCUCAGGAAGGUAGCCACCUCGAGUUGUUCCCGUCGGGAGCCCAUCUGUCGCUCCAAGUCCGUGGGCGCUGUGUCCACGCUGCUGCAGACUCUGACCGCCACCAAGGAGACGAGGCUGACCCGCCGGGUGCAGCAACAGCAGCAGCAGUCCCGCCUGAGGUCUGCCAGCCCCAGUCGCAGACCAGCUCGCCUCCUGGCGCUGCGUCAGUCCAGCCGUAGUCCAGUGGCCUUUGGCCGAAGCAUCUCCAAGGAGCGGAGCUUCGCCGAGGAGAAGAAGCGGCUAGAGAAUACUCUCCCACCCAGUCGCACCAACUUUGAGGCCAGUACGAAUAUACUCCGGGAUCCAUCGCUGAAGUCUCCCCAAGAAGUGAAGGAGGCAGUGCGUUCGUAUGCCACUUCGCGCAGCAAGUCACUGCCCCGACUUCGUCCUACUGUCAGUACAGUGAGCACUACCACGCGACAGACCAUGUGCUUCCCGCAAGUGCGGCCCCAAACGCUGCUGGCUUGUGGCACUCGCUCGCUGAGGAAGUCCUCCUCCAAGACCGCCAAGGGUCAGGCCAAAACGGGCUCCAAUGACAGCCUGCCGCGCAGCAACUCCACCUUCUCCAUUGACUCGAUGGUGCACCAGGAGUAUGUUCCCAUAGCCCCGCCCAAAACCUAUGUGGGCAAAUCCAGGGGCACCGGCGGCUCCAAGGCUCUGGUCCCGCUUCAGAGCAGUCGCAGCGAAGGACAUGUUCCCCGGAAGCGCCAGCAGGGGAAGGCAGCUGCCAAGCCAGCACCUCCACCACUGACGGUUCACUCGUACAGCGAGUCGGUGCGGGAGAAGACCAACUUCUGGAACGACUACAAUGCCAAGCAGGCCAUGUCCCUGCCGCAGGAGUACAAGUUCUGCUCCGAGGAUGUCUGCGACUUCUCGGCCCCUCCGCCGCAGCCGUGCAUUGAGGAUCUGGUGUGGAAGUACGAGGGCAAUGACCAGCACCGUCCGCCCAAGCAAGUGGCUGUGACGGACAUUGCCCGUCCCCUAUCGCCGCAACUGAGCCAGGAGCGCCGCUUCUCGCCCACUCGGGAGGUGAGGGUGCCCCAGAUCAACCGGGAGGUGCGCUCCCCCUCGCGCCGUCGCAUCGACAGCCUGCGCUCCAAGGACAAGGAGCAGUCCCUGGCCCGGGCCAGCAGCCUGAGCAGCGCCGAUGACCGGGGCCGUAAGUCGACGCCCGCCCCCUCUCAGGGACUCUACCAGUGCGGAGAACUGGCCCACAGCGCCACUUCCUUGACCCACCUGGAGCGCCACAGCCCCAGCUGCCGCUAUCGCAACAACUGCGAGCGUUUCACCGAGCUGAACCGUUUCUACAGCACGCUGGAGCGAGUGGGGCAACUGGAGAGGGCCACCUCCUCCAGCAGCUUCCAUCCGCUGCGCAAAGACGCCGAGCUCCUGGACUUCGACGAGUGGCGCAAGGUGCGACUGCAUGAACGAGCCGAGAAGGAGCUGCAGUACCUGGUGGGCAAAUUACAGGAUGACCAGAAGCAAAGGGAUCUGCACUUUCGGUCCAAGGACGUGGAAGCCAUCAAGUGGCGCCAGGACGCUGAUCAAGCCCUGUGCACCAAGAAGAAAUCCGUGGAGGAUCUGCGGGACAACUUCGAGCAGUUGAACUUCCUGCGGCAGCAACAGCAGCUGCAAUCCGAGCCAGUUCAUCGCCACUGGAGGCGCAACACGGUGGCCGACUUGGCCAGUAGUCUGGAGCAGCGCGUGAAGGUAGAGCCCGAAAUGGAUCGCCAUUUGGACAACGACUUGGUGAGCACCUUGUCCAAGGACCAGAUCAAGAAAAUCACCCAGCAACUUAACGAGAUAUACUCCGGUAACCGUCAAAUACCCGCCGUCGAAGAGCAGUAUGUGGUCACUGUGGAAAAGGGUGCCCGACCCAAUGGCCUAAAAGUCCGCUGCAACUCCAGCAUCUCCAAGGACCAGCUCCUCGGAUCUGUUCAGCGCAAGAGAGAGGAGCAGCAAGCCAACCAGACGCUGCCACGUGCCACACGGAGUCAGUCGCCGGUGGUGGUGGCCAGAGAGACUCGUGGCGCCAUUGCGGCCAAGAAUGCGGAGCUGACCCUCACAAAGCCACCAGAAGUGCCUCCCCGGCCAAAGGCCACGCCCAGCCAGGAGGCGAAAACCAAGCCACCACCAAAAGAAGACGCCAAAGAGGAUCCUCGUGAUCCCUCCGAGAAUAUCAACCAGAAAAUACAGUACUUCGAGGAUCGCCAGUUUGAUGAGCCACCAAAGACCAUCUACCACGCUCGCGAGGACUCCUCUCCGGACGAGGCGGAGGUCAUGCGACUCAUCGAGCACAACAUGCAGGAACGGCAAAGGGCCAGGGGACAGACCUGCCUGCAGCACCAGGAGCUGAGCAACUCCCUGACCGACCUGAGCGGGGUGUUCGGCGAACGACCUGCUGCCCGGGUAAAUUUUCACUUGCACAGCCCACCCGAGCGCCCGCCCGACGAUACGGAACUUAUCAGCUUUGGGAACGGUUCUCCGGAUCCCGCAGACGCCAGUCUUGAGCUCUACUCGGACUCCUACUACCGUUCGAGGAGUUUGUCGCCCCAAAGCCAGGCCUCCGCCUGCUCCAGCUCCUACUUGCAGAGAGUCUACACCGGGGAGGUGCGGAAAAUGCGCCAGCACUUCGAGAGCAUCCAUCAGUCCGGCGAGCAGUCCCGGGAACAGUCCUCAGAACGGAGGGAUUUUUUUGGGCUUAGCUCGCUGCGGAGGGCGCGCAGCGAUCCCGAAGUGAAUACGGGAUCCAAAGACGCCCCGGACACCGCUUCGGAGGCGGUGUCGAAGGAGCAGGCGGGGGAUGUGCCCCGACUGACCCACAAGUUCGAACUACGUGGCGCCACGCCGUCGCCCGAGCGAGGAAGGCGGCGUCAGAGGAGUGCCCAGGAUCGCCUGAUGCCCCACAUCGAUAUCAUUAGCAAGACGGCGGCCUUGAAGCGAGAGCUCCUGCCGCGGAGCAGCCCCACUCGGAGUCUGAGCACCGGCAGCCAGUGCGUUGAGCGCUUGAGGAUGCGCUACGAAUCGCCGGAGCUGCAGACCCAGAGCUACCUGUCCACCUCGCAUCCGGACAUGCGGGAUGUGCACGUAAUCUCGCCGCACCUGAGUGCCGACUGGGUGGCCCACCGCCAUCCGCUGCCCUCAAAGCCGAAACCUCAGCUGCCGAAGAAGCCCCAGAGAGAGGUUGUCCAAAGGGCCAGCUCCACCUCGCCACCACGACCGGCCAGGUCGCAGAGCCAUCGCCUCAGCUCGCGGCUAACCAGCUGCAUGAAAGACAUCUUCGCCAACCAGAAGUUCGAUCCCAGCAAGCAUCGUCCCAAGGCACGAUAUGUUCCAGAGGGUGCGGAGACCAGCAAGAAGAAACCCGAUGCCAGAGAGAAGAGUCAACCCAAUGGCAAUGGCACUUUGGAACGUCUCAAGAAGACCAUGGCGGUGACUUUCAAAGAGUCUCCCAAUCGUUACUAUGCCACAGACGUGAACAUCCACUUCAAGACCCCGAUCAGGCAUGAGCAGCGCCAGAACAUACCGGAGGACGAACUAGCCAUACGCCAAGCGGAGCACAUGCAGAAGCUCUACCAGGAGGAGCGACGUCGCAAGUAUCUACAGGAGUUGCAGGACAUGAAUUCGCGACGCCACACGGACAACUUUACGCCCUCCCAGAAGUCGCCCAUCGCCCUCAAUCGCUACGAUGACUUCCCCACGGACGUGACCCUCAAGUCGCUGGUGGGCCCCAAGACGGUGGCCCGGGCACUUUUCAACUUCCAGGGACAGAGCUCCAAGGAGCUCUCCUUCCGCAAGGGCGACACCAUCUACAUUCGGCGACAGAUCGAUCCGAACUGGUACGAGGGCGAACACAAUGCCAUGAUUGGCCUGCUGCCAGUCAGUUAUGUCGAGAUCGUCAGCCGUGAUGGAGCCCGCACCCCCUCCAAGAGGCCAUCGGAGGGACAAGCCCGUGCCAAAUACAACUUCCAGGCACAGUCUGGCAUCGAACUCUCCCUGAACAAGGGUGAGCUGGUGACUCUGACCCGCCGAGUGGACGGAAACUGGUUCGAGGGCAAGAUUGCCAACAGGAAGGGCAUCUUCCCGGUCUCCUACGUGGAGGUACUCACGGACAUCGGGGCCGAGGACAUUGCGGCAAGGACCACCGUGAUCAGCACCCAAAGCACCACCAACCUGCGACCCACUCUGGACGCGCUCCGCACAAACAUCAACAAUGAGUUCAACACACUGACGCAAAACGGAUCCCAGCCACCAAACGGAAUCCUCAAGGAGACGCGAACACUGCAGAAGACCGACGCCCUCCACGUGGACACCAGCUCCGAGCCAUUGGCGUACCGCGCCCUGUACAAGUACCGGCCCCAGAACUCCGACGAGCUGGAGCUGCUCGAGGGCGAUGUGGUCCAUGUGCUGGAGAAGUGCGACGAUGGUUGGUUUGUGGGCACUUCGCAGCGCACCGGCUGCUUCGGCACAUUCCCCGGCAACUACGUGGAACGGGCCUAGAGGAGAUUGCCAAUCCUGCCCCGCGGACGUCGGAGGUCGGAGGUCGUGUCUCUAAUCUUAAUGAAUUUUUUGUAGUCUAAUGCGAUGAGAGGAGGAUGGCAGGCAGGCAGGCAGGCAGGCUGGAAGGCUGGAAGGCUCUAAGAUUAACUCUGAUUUGGUUCUACUGGAUUAUUUUAUGUUGUUGUUAAAUAAUUCUUAUCCCGCUAAUUCUGAUGCUUUCGUUUGCCGUAAUUUAAAGCUAUUUAUUUAUUUUUAAACAGAGCAUUAAUUAUAUCAAUGUUGGAAUUACGUUUAUUUAUGAAGUGCAAGAAUAUUAACCAGACGUUGUACCCUCCACUCUCCCCCAUUCACCCACGCCCUCACACACCACACCACACACCACACACACACACCAAAUAUCGAAGAAACUAAAUUAAGAACAUACUUAUAUGGUAUAUAUUUUGUCGUUUACCUACUAAUUUUAACUAGUCACAGCUAAUUUCCAAAAAGAGAAUCGUUAAUCAAAACUAUGAAGAAGCAAGCAGAGACCGUUGAACUAAAGUGCCUUAAAGUUGAAAUUUGAAUGACUAAAAAAUAAAAAAAAAAUUAAAAUAAUAAUAAAAAUCAUGUGCUAAGAACCAAGUGCCCCCUGUUGAGUCGGCUAAAUGGAUAUUUAUUAUUGAUAAUUAAUAAUUAUGAUGAUAUUGUCGGGUCCGAACCAGCAGAAACAGAAACCAUUUUAUAAUCAUUUAAAAAAAGCGUUUAUUACACAGACACUGUUGCAAGCGUAUUUAGUAAAUAAAGAUGAAACUAAAAAACAAA